AGACCUACAGAGAGACCCGGUAACAAGGACCGGGAGACCUACAGAGAGACCCGGAAACAAGGACCAACAGCACCGGGACAAAGUCUAACCCAGGUCUGGGCCAUUGAACCGUUUUAUAAACAACAGCUGAACCCUAAUCUGAGGUCUGAUCAUCUGGGAUUUAAUCUGUGUUCAUCACCAACCAUCAGCAGAGAUAGCAGGAUCAAUAACCCUGGUUUUUGAUCAAUCAGUCUGAUAGGGAUGCUCCAUGCUGAUCUCUGAUUGGCUGAUAUUAAACUGACAGUAAACUGAUUUAACUCUCUUCUAUUAAACUCAGAGUGGAGACUGUAGUUUAUCCUGUUAAAACUACAGAAUGGUCCUUUAACUCCACUGUAAUAUAAACAUUAAUAUCAGAGUGGAGGCUGUAGUUUAGCCUGUUAAAACUACAGAAUGGUCCUUUAACUCCACUGUAAUAUAAACAUUAAUAUCAGACUGGAGCUGUGUUUACUCUGCUCAGGUCUGAUUAUUUCAGCUUUGAUUCUCCAGAACUGAUAGAUCACUGAUACUGCCGACAUCUGACACUCUAUUCACUGAUCCGGAUUAAAGCAGACCAGGUCGAGGAUAGUCUGGAUUAAAGCAAACCGGGGAGGAGAAAAGUCCGGGUCCUGAUGGGGACUCAGGGUCCAGGCAGGAAGAGGAUCCCGAACCGGGACAAAGUGAGUGCCGAGGAUGAAGCUCUGAACCAGAUCGCCAGAGAGGCGGAGGCGCGGCUGGCGGCGAAGAGAGCAGCGAGGGCGGAGGCGAGAGAGAUCAGGAUGAAGGAGCUGGAGAGACAACAGAAGGAGCUCUUCCACAGUCACAAGAAGUAUUAUGGUCUGGAUAAUAAGUGGGGACACAUUGAACAGUGGAUGGAGGAAAGUGAGCGGUAUUCUCGCCACUCACGGAGACACGCCUCGAUGUCUGAUGAUGAGGAGAAGAUGUCAGUGGGCAGUCGAGGAAGUUUCAGGCCGUCUGACCACAGCGGGUUUUUAGGUUCAGGUUCUCGGGCGUCGUCCAGAGCCAGUUCAGCUCGAGCGAGCCCUGUGGUGGAGGAGCGUCCUGAAAGAGACUUCCUGGAGAAGGGAUCUAGGACCGCCUCCACGUUGUCUGCUGCCACGCUAGCGUCGCUGGGCGGAGCUUCAUCCCGCAGAGGAAGUUGUGACACGUCAUUCUCCGUGGAAACCGAGGCGUCAAUCAGAGACAUGAAGGAGUCGUUGGCAGAGGCGGAGGAGAGGUACCGCCGUGCGAUGGUUUCUAAUGCUCAGCUCCACAAUGAGAAGUCGACCAUGAUCUACCAGGUGGACACUCUGAGGGAGGAGCUUAACGACCUGGAGGAGGAGCUAUGGGAGGCACGCCGCCAGCGUGACGACACAAUAAAGGAGUUGGAGCGUGAGCGUCAGGCUCACAGCGUUCUUCAGUUCACGUUCAAUGAGACAAAAGAGACUCUGAGACACACGGAGGAGCUGCUGACGGAGGUUUCUGAGCUCCGUCUAAGGAGCAGCUCGUACCGUCAGGAGGUGUCUGACCUGCAGGAGGCGCUGCAGUGGAAGGAGAAGAAGAUGGUGGCGUUAGAGCGCCACUGUGAGGUCUCUGACAUUGUUCGGAUCGAUCGUGAUCGUCUCGAGCUCGAGGUCGUUCGCCUCACUGACCUGUUGAAGAAACAUGGCGUCUUCGUCUCCCCAGAGCCCUCGGCCAAUGGGGACGCGGGAGCAGGGGAGGAUGAGAAUGAUGUCACCACGGACUCUGCUUCCCGAUUGGCCCAGGAGUCAUCACAUGAUGGCAGAACAAGCAUGUUGGAGUUGCGGCUGAAGAAGCUGUUUGAGGAGAGAGAGAGUUUACAGGAUCAGGUGAGGCUGUUGAAGUCUCAGCUGGAUCAGAGGAACGGCUCAGAUGGCGUUCAGAAUCCUGACGGUGACGGCCUGGAGAACGGCGUGGACGCUCACCUGCUCGACCUCCAGAGAGACGCCAACCGACAGAUCAGCGACUUAAAGUUCAAACUGGUCAAAUCUGAACAGGAAGUGACCACGCUGGAGCAAAACGUGAUAAGACUUGAAGGCCAGGUGGCUCGCUACAAGUCGGCGUCAGAGAACGCAGAAAAGAUCGAAGAUGAGCUGAAAGUGGAGAAGAGAAAACUGCAGAGAGAGCUCCGCUCAGCGUUGGAUCGGAUCGAUGAGUUAGAGCUCAGUAACGUCCACCUCGCCAAACGACUUGAUAAGAUGAAGGCCAACCGGAGCGCCCUGCUCGCCCAGCAGUGACCCCCAACGCCACUGGGGCGUUAGAUUUCCUCUGGAUGCCACGCCAGGUGGACGGAGUUUACUGAAAAAAAACAACAAAACAACCUGAAGACCCCAUUGAUGCUCUGGUUUAAUAUUUAAUUCUAUUAGCAUAACAGCUGACACAAGGGGCGCUGUCUGCCCAAAGACUGCACUACAGAGAGGCCGCAACAUAUCACUACCAUUCAUCGAGUCAAAACGAGUCCAAGCAAGUCAGAGCAAGUCUGAGUGAGUCAGAGUGAGUCUGAGCGAAUCUGAGCGAGUCAAAGUGAGUCAGAGUGAAUCAGAGUGAGUCAGAGCGAAUCUGAGCGAGUCAAAGUGAGUCAGAGUGAAUCUGAGUGAGUCUGAGUGAGUCUAGGUGAGUCAGAGCGAGUCUGGGUGAGUCUGAGCGAAUCUGAGCGAGUCAAAGUGAGUCAGAGUGAAUCUGAGUGAGUCAGAGUGAGUCAGAGUGAGUCAGAGCGAAUCUGAGCGAGUCAGAGUGAGUCAGAGUGAGU